UGCGACCGGGCGGCGGCGGUUGCCAGGGCGACGGGAGCUUCUCGGAGCCUGUGGUAGUCGGUAUUGGAGAUGUAGAAGCAGUUACCUGCUGCGGGCCUUGACGGCUGUGGCCUUCCCCUUGGAGUUCCCACGAUGUUCUUCUACCUGAGCAAGAAAAUUGCCAUUCCCAAUAACGUGAAGCUGAAAUGUGUAUCCUGGAACAAGGACCAAGGGUUCAUAGCAUGUGGUGGUGAAGAUGGAUUACUGAAAGUUUUGAAAUUAGAGACACAGACAGAUGAUACAAAAUUGAGGGGUCUUGCAGCCCCUAGUAGCCUUUCUAUGAAUCAGAAUCUUGAAGGUCAUAGUGGUUCUGUUCAAGUUGUAAUAUGGAAUGAACAGUAUCAGAAGUUGACUACCAGUGAUCAAAAUGGACUUAUCAUUGUGUGGAUGUUAUAUAAAGGCUCUUGGUAUGAGGAGAUGAUCAAUAAUCGAAAUAAGUCAGUGGUGAGAAGUAUGAGCUGGAAUGCUGAUGGACAGAAGAUCUGCAUCGUUUACGAAGAUGGGGCCGUGAUAGUUGGUUCGGUGGAUGGGAAUCGUAUUUGGGGAAAAGACCUGAAGGGUAUACAGCUAUGCCAUGUAGCAUGGUCCGCGGAUAGUAAAAUCUUACUUUUUGGAAUGGCAAAUGGGGAAAUACACAUUUAUGAUAAUCAAGGGAAUUUUAUAAUGAAAAUGAAACUGAAUUGUUUGGUGAAUGUCACUGGAGCCAUCAGUAUUGCUGGAAUUCACUGGUACCAUGGCACAGAAGGCUAUGUGGAGCCGGAUUGCCCUUGCCUUGCUAUUUGUUUUGACAAUGGAAGAUGCCAAAUAAUGAGACACGAGACUGACCCAAAUCCAGUUUUGAUUGACACUGGCAUGUACGUAGUAGGUAUCCAGUGGAACCACAUCGGCAGCGUGUUGGCCGUGGCGGGCUCUCAGAAGGUGGUCAUGCAGGAUAAAGAUGUAAACACUGUGCAGUUUUACACUCCAUUUGGUGAGCAUCUGGGUACUUUGAAAGUUCCUGGAAAGCAAAUGUCUGGACUGUCUUGGGAGGGAGGUGGACUGAAAAUUGCACUAGCUGUUGAUUCCUUUAUAUAUUUUGCAAAUAUUCGACCUAAUUAUAAGUGGGGUUAUUGCUCAAAUACUGUAGUUUAUGCAUAUACCAGACCGGAUCGUCCAGAGUACUGUGUUGUCUUUUGGGAUACAAAAAACAAUGAGAAAUAUGUUAAAUAUGUGAAGAGUCUCAUUUCUAUUACUACCUGUGGUGAUUUCUGCAUUUUGGCUACAAAGGCUGAUGAAAAUCAUCCUCAGGAGGAGAACGAGAUGGAGACAUUUGGUGCAAUGUUUGUGUUAGUUCUUUGUAAUUCUAUUGGCACACCCUUGGAUCCCAAAUACAUUGAUAUCGUACCAUUAUUUGUUGCAAUGACCAAAACCCAUGUGAUAGCAGCUUCAAAAGAAGCAUUUUAUAUCUGGCAAUAUCGUGUGGCAAAGAAGCUCACAGCAUUGGAAAUUAAUCAGAUCACGCGGUCUCGAAAAGAAGGGAGAGAAAGAAUUUAUCAUGUUGAUGAUACUCCUAUUGGAUCAGUGGAUGGGGUGCUUGAUUAUAGUAAAGCUAUUCAAGGCACAAGGGAUCCAAUUUGUGCUAUAACUGCAUCUGAUAAGAUAUUGAUUGUGGGUCGUGAAUCUGGCACCAUUCAGAGAUACAGUCUUCCUAACGUUGGUUUGAUUCAAAAAUAUUCCCUUAAUUGUCGAGCCUACCAGUUAUCCUUGAAUUGCAAUUCUAGUCGUCUUGCUGUCAUAGACAUCUCAGGAAUUCUAACUUUCUUUGACUUGGAUGCUCGAGUAACAGACAGUACAGGACAGCAAGUAAUUGGCGAGUUGUUAAACUUGGAGCGAAAAGAUGUCUGGGAUAUGAAGUGGGCCAAAGAUAAUCCUGAUUUGUUUGCCAUGAUGGAGAAGACAAGAAUGUAUGUUUUCAGAAACUUGGAUCCUGAGGAACCCAUUCAGACCUCUGGAUAUAUUUGUAACUUUGAGAAUUUAGAAAUUAAAUCUGUUCUUUUGGAUGAGAUAUUAAAGAAUCCAGAACAUCCAAACAAAGAUUAUCUAAUUAACUUUGAGAUUCGGUCCUUGCGAGACAGUCGAGCACUGAUUGAGAAGGUUGGAAUUGAAGAUGCAUCUCAAUUCAUAGAGGACAAUCCACACCCCCGACUUUGGCACCUACUGGCUGAAGCAGCUCUUCAGAAACUGGACCUGUACACUGCAGAGCAAGCAUUUGUACGCUGCAAAGAUUAUCAAGGCAUUAAGUUUGUGAAGCGCUUGAGCAAUCUACAGAGUGACUCAAUGAAGCAGGCUGAAGUUGUUGCCUACUUUGGCAGGUUUGAGGAGGCUGAAAGAAUGUAUCUUGAUAUGGACAGAAGAGAUCUUGCUAUUGGCCUCCGGCUGAAAUUGGGAGAUUGGUUUAGAGUACUCCAGCUCUUGAAAACUGGAUCUGGUGAUGCAGAUGACAGUCUCCUUGAACAAGCCCACAAUGCCAUUGGAGACUACUUUGCUGAUCGACAAAAGUGGUUGAAUGCUGUACAAUAUUAUGUACAAGGCCGGAACCAGGCACGCUUAGCUGAAUGUUAUUUUAUGUUAGAAGAUUAUGAGGGAUUAGAGAAUCUUGCCAGCUCACUUCCAGAAAACCACAAAUUGCUUCCAGAAAUAGCACAAAUGUUUGUGAAAGUUGGAAUGUGUGAACAAGCAGUGACUGCAUAUUUGAAAUGUAAUCAACCAAAGGCAGCUGUAGAUACCUGUGUACAUCUCAACCAAUGGAACAAAGCUGUUGAAUUGGCUAAAAAUCAUAGUAUGAAAGAAAUUGGAUCUCUGUUAGCUAGGUAUGCAUCUCAUUUGCUGGAAAAGAAUAAAAUUCUUGAUGCCAUAGAACUUUAUCGGAAAGCCAAUUACUUUUUUGAUGCUGCUAAACUCAUGUUUAAGAUUGCAGAUGAAGAGGCAAAGAAAAGAACUAAACCUUUACGUGUUAAGAAGCUCUAUGUACUCUCAGCCUUACUUAUAGAGCAAUACCAUGAACAAAUGAAAAAUGCCCAACGAGGAAAAGUUAAAGGAAAGAGUUCAGAGGCCACUUCUGCUUUGGCUGGUUUGCUGGAAGAGGAAGUUCUGUCUACAACUAGUCGCUUCACAGAUAACGCAUGGCGAGGGGCUGAGGCUUACCACUUCUUUAUACUUGCACAGAGGCAGCUCUAUGAGGGAUAUGUUGACACUGCAUUGAAGACAGCUCUUCACCUGAGAGACUAUGAAGACAUUAUCCCUGCUGUUGAGAUCUACUCUCUGUUAGCACUCUGUGCAUGUGCCAGCAGAGCUUUUGGUACUUGUUCCAAAGCAUUCAUUAAACUCGAAUCUUUAGACACCCUCAGUACAGAACAGAAACAGCAAUAUGAAGACCUUGCUCUAGAAAUCUUCACCAAACAUACUCCAAAAGAUAACAGAAAAUCUGAAUUGGAUAGCCUUCUGGAAGGUGGAGAAGGAAAACUGCCAACAUGCGUUGCCACAGGGAGCCCAAUCACUGAGUAUCAGUUCUGGAUGUGCAGUGUGUGCAAGCACUGUGUUCUUGCUCAGGAAAUUAGUAACUACAACUUCUGUCCCUUAUGCCACAGUUCAGUGGCAUAAAGGAGUGAUGAUCUGUAUAUAAUUGUAAAAUAUAUGUAGCACAUAUAUACAUAGCUAGAACUGUAUAUGUAAUAUUGGUUUUUCUAAGUUUUAUAUGAAAAUCAAGCUCACCAUCUUAUAGUUGUAUUUCUACACAAAAUAUAUAUUAUAAUAAAAUAAUUAAUAUUUGUGUGGAAAUUCAACUAUGCAAUAAAAGGCUGUUUUUCAUAUGAAACUUAUCAAAAUCAACCUUAUUUUCUGUCUGUCUUUUAUCUAUCUUGUGGUUGUUUACAAGACAGCAUGGAAAUAUUCCAAAUAAGAAAUGUUUUUCUCAGAGUGUCAAGGAUCCUAAUUCAUUAAAAAUUCUUGAGGGAGGGGUGGGAGAUGGGGGAAGUAUGGGAGUGGAGCAAAGAUCAAUUUAGAGAAUUGACAUAACUUUUACUAGGAGGCUAAACAAUUGUAAUACUGAAAUGAGCUCUCUUUCUAGUGGUAUUUACUUUAAGUAAGUAAGUAUUGAAUGUUAUCUAUAUUUUAUUUCCAAAAGUGAAGUGAUGGCAUUUUAAGACAAUUUUCACAGUUUGAAUUGUUUCUAAUAUCCUAUUCUUCAUCUUUUUCAAAAUCUACCCUUUUAGUCUCAUUCAAAGGAUAGCAUUUGGCAUUUACUGUUUCAUGCCUUUGUGUAGAAAACUUGGCUUUAUCUAUAAUGAUAAGAAUUUAUACAAAAAUAUUCACUUAUAGUUUUGCUGAAACAUUGUCACCAAGCUGGACCCUUCAUUUAGAUAACUCUCUUGUUAUAGGGAGUGAUUCUUUCUUGACAUAUAUGUGUUUUGAUUUAUUAUUAUUAAUUUAAAAGAGAAAAAUUAUGAUCAGUAAUGAUAAUUUCUUACCUCUUUUAUAUAGCUAAUAACAUUCUCUGUUUAUUUCUCAUGGGCUCCCAUUUUGUGGCUCAAGACCAGACUUUAGCGCUAUUUCAUUAAGAUGAUUUUCUGAAGUUUGGCUGAUGUUUAGUAGAGGCAAUAAAUGGAAAGAAAUAUUAAACUUUGUUAUUGCAGCUAUGAUACUUAGAUUAGUUCACUCUCUCAAUGUGACAUGUUUUUGGUCCUGUGGAGACAAUUUAAACCUGUUACAGUUUGAGAAGUGAGCUGUAAGGACAGAUUUAGAGCCUAGGUGAACUUAGGAUAGAUAGUGGGCUCAAGUGCCUAAAUAAAUGGGAGGAACAGAAGUCUUUGAAGUCUCUGUCUCUGUUCAUGUGCCUUGUGGACAAUGACAUUGGUACGAUGGUAGCCUCCAAAUACGCUACCAAGCAAGCUGUUCCAGAGAGGCUUACAUGGAUCAGAGAGGCUUACAAACCAAAUGAGGAUGUUCAAAAUCAAUUUGGUUUUUAAAUCAAUUUGGAAUGCACAGUGAGGAACAAGGAGAAAGUGAUGGGGUAGAUUAACACUGUUAGGAUAGGGUAGAAAUUAAAAAAAAAUAGAAAGAAGAAGAAAAACAUAUAUAAACAUAUAAAAUCAGUGUGCAGUCAGAGGGUUACACUAAAAGAAGAAAGCAAAAUAAAAGAAACAAACAAACAAAAGAUAAAAAGAAGGCUAGGGUGCCAGUGGAUUAGAAAGACCAUAGUACCUGACUCCUGGGUUAGAUAAUGUUCUCAUGUCCUGACUCCCACUCUGUCACUUCAGCUUUCCACUGAUAGUGGGAUUAUGAAGAGGACCAGGGUUGAGGUUUGAGCCAGGGGACGCAAUCAGAUGAACCGUGCCUGAGGCCAGCGAUACACACUUGCUCUAUAGAAGGGGCUCAGGGGCAAGUACACUUGGCCAUAGCUGUAGCUUGCCAGUUAGUGUGCUAAGCAGUCAUGAAUUUUACUGUAGAGGACAGGCCAGAAUAAGUCACCAAUGAGUAAUUGAAUAAAGACCUUACACAUAUUGAGGGCUUUAUAUGUCUCAUGCAUACUUACUGUAUCGUGAAUAUUUAGGAUCUUUGUUGCUCUUCAUACUUUUAGUGCUUCAUGAAUAUUUGGUAUCUCUUGUUCUGUCCUCUUCUAUCUUUGGUCACACAUAUAUGCUCUACUUUGUCUAAUAUGUCUCAUAAGUUACUAACUUCUCUAAAUUUAACACAAUGAAUUUCAUCUAUUUCAUUUGUUUUCUUCUAUACCAGAAUGGAAUAUUUCCCCAAAUCAAAAAGUCACAUCCUAACAAAGAGGUCUAUCUAAGAAAAUAUCUCUCCUAUUGAACUUAUUUACAUCUUUCUAUAGAACUAUCUAUUUUCAGGGAUAAGACUAUUCUCUGCUUAAUCAAUGAAAGAGAAAUUUUCAGGUCUGUAGGGAUAGCACACUUGUUAGCUCUGCCUGUGUGAAAGGUUCCUUCAGGACAGUUUGUUCAGAGUUGUGAUUCUUGGUCCAUGGUUUAAUGCCCGAGUGUCUCUUCUUUCCUUGUCCCUUUACUCUCACAGGAAUUAGCUGAGAACUCAUUAGAUUGUCCUGCUGCUAGCCCUUAUUGUGGCCUGUUGGUUAUAUUCCCAUUUGCUUCAAUUCCAGAAUCACCUGUUGACUUCUCAGACCUCUCCUGACAUAUCUUUGGGGAACUCUCUUUUGGAGCCUUCUUAUUAGUCACUAAGUUCAUGUUGCCUAGGCUCUAGAAUUUUUCCUCCAACUGAUUAUUUCAGAUUGGUCCUGAUUUGCUUGGGAUAUUUCUUGUUAAAUUUUGAUCCAGAAAAAAAAUUAUCUAAAAACAACCUCUGAUACUUUGUAGAACUAAUUAUCAUAUGUGUAUAUGAUGUGUGUGUGUGUGUGUAUACACAUGCAUAUAUGCACACAGAUACAUCUUUUCUACUAUUGUAAAAGCUUAAGACUCUUUGGGAUCUAUAUCUGUGAAAGCUUUAAUGAUCUGCCAUAAUGUCUUGGGGACCUUUGUCUUGAAAUUGGUACUAGAGAAAGAACUCAUAGUAUGAGUUGGUCCACUUGGUUUUAUUAAACAGGAAGGAAAUUUCAAGAUAACAACACUAACAAACUCUCCCCUAUUAAAAGGGACAAAGAGAAGGAAAAUUGACCAUAUAAAACAAAUACUUGGAGAAAAGUUGGAAAGGCAGAAUUAGUAUAUCAAAAAUAGCAUAAUGAAACAGUUAUAUUCUAUUUUUUCAGUAAAUAUGAACUGACUCCCUUUGAGUAAUGCUGAGUUGUUCUUUAUCACAAAACUGCCCUGAAUUAUAUUAUGUUUCAAAGUAGCGUGGUAGGCCAAAGCAUUGAAAUGAUGGAACCGACUGAUAAAGCUUUGACUGAUAAGCAAUGUGCCUAACAAGCAGCAUAGCAUUGUUGACCUGCUAUAAUUCACAAAUGCUAAUUUCAUUAUAAGUUCUUUGGCUAAAAUAUUUGAAAUUAUCUGUCUGUAUUCCAAGAGCUGACAUCUUAGGAUUUAUGUGGCAUUAAGUGAAAAAGUAUAAAAAUAAUAAAUAUUGAAGAAAAAUUGA